CUGAGCUCUGUGCUCGGCUUCACGGAGCGGGACUUCCGGCAUGUGACGUGUCUGCCUGCUGCAGAAGCGGAUGCUGCUGGCUGUCCAGUGUGGCUGUCAGAUGCAGUGGAAACUGCCAAGAGGGGCGAGAUAAGUGUGGAAAUCUUUAGAGAAGAUGUUGCUGUGGCUGCUCGGAGCUGCGCUGCUGGAUGGAGCGGCCGGCUUCUACCUCCCGGGUCUGGCCCCCGUCAGCUUCUGUGAGCCUGGAAAAGACCAGGUUCCAGACUGCAAGUCGACCAUUGAGCUGUUUGUGAACAGGCUGGAUUCAGUGGAGUCUGUUCUGCCUUAUGAAUAUACUGCGUUUGACUUCUGCUCGGAGAAAACGAUGAAACGGCCAUCAGAGAAUCUGGGCCAGGUUCUUUUUGGGGAGAGGAUCGAACCCUCACCGUACAAGUUUGAGUUUAAGAAACCUGCGGUGUGUCAGAAGGUGUGUACCAGAACCUACGACACCAACAACCCACCAGACAAAGCCAAACUGGACUUCCUCAAGAAAGGCAUGUUACUCAACUACCAGCAUCACUGGAUUGUGGAUAACAUGCCAGUCACCUGGUGUUACGAUGUUGAAGAUGGAAAGUUCUGUAAUCCUGGUUUCCCUAUUGGCUGUUACGUCACAGAAGCAGGCCGACCCAAAGAUGCCUGCGUGGUCAAUUCUAACUUUAAUGAAAAGGAUGCUUUUUACAUCUUUAACCAUGUGGACAUCACCAUCCAUUACCACAUCGUUGAGCACGAACAACUUGGAGCACGAUUGGUUGCUGCCAAGAUUGAACCCAAAAGCUAUGAAAACCCUAAUGAUAAUAGCCCUGAUUGUUCUGGAGGGCCAAAGUUCCUGAAAAACAAACACACAGGAGUGUUCAAGAUCCCAUACACUUACUCUGUCAACUUUGUGGAAGACAAAAAUAUUCGCUGGGCGUCUAGAUGGGACUACAUCCUGGAGUCAAUGCCUCACACCAACAUCCAGUGGUUCAGCAUAAUGAACUCGUUGGUGAUUGUGUUGUUCCUGUCUGGAAUGGUAGCCAUGAUCAUGCUGCGGACUCUCCAUAAAGACAUCGCCAGAUACAAUCAGAUGGACUCUGUGGAGGAUGCCCAGGAGGAGUUUGGGUGGAAGUUGGUCCAUGGAGAUGUUUUCCGACCUCCCAGGAAGGGAAUGCUGCUGUCGGUUUUCCUCGGCUCUGGAACCCAGAUCUUCAUUAUGACCUUUGUCACCCUUUUCUUUGCCUGUCUUGGGUUCCUCUCUCCGGCGAACCGUGGGGCCUUGAUGACGUGUGCUGUUGUUCUCUGGGUUCUUCUGGGAACGCCUGCUGGAUAUGUGGCUGCUCGCCUCUACAAAUCUUUUGGAGGGGAGAAGUGGAAGACCAACGUUCUGCUGACAGCCUUCCUCUGUCCUGGGGUGGUAUUUGCAGAUUUCUUUGUGAUGAACUUGAUCCUAUGGGGUGAAGGGUCUUCAGCAUCCAUGCCAUUUGGGACCCUGGUGGCCAUAUUGGCUCUUUGGUUCUGUGUCUCAGUGCCACUUACCUUUAUAGGAGCAUACUUUGGCUUCAAGAAGGCAGGUAUUGAGCACCCAGUGCGGACAAAUCAGAUUCCUCGUCAAAUCCCAGAGCAGUCAUUCUACACAAGGCCUUUCCCUGGUAUCAUCAUGGGAGGAAUUCUGCCUUUUGGAUGUAUAUUUAUUCAGCUGUUCUUCAUACUAAACUCCAUCUGGUCCCACCAGAUGUACUACAUGUUUGGCUUCCUUUUCCUUGUCUUCAUUAUCCUGGUCAUCACCUGCUCUGAGGCCACCGUCCUGCUCUGCUACUUCCACUUAUGUGCUGAGGACUACCAUUGGCAGUGGCGUUCCUUCCUGACCAGCGGCUUCACUGCUGUCUAUUUCCUGGUCUAUGCCAUUCAUUACUUCUUCUCUAAGCUGCAAAUCACUGGACUGGCCAGCACCAUCCUGUACUUUGGAUACACCAUGAUUAUGGUUCUCAUCUUUUUCUUAUUCACUGGUACUAUCGGCUUCUUUGCCUGUUUCUGGUUUGUUACCAAGAUCUACAGUGUGGUCAAAGUUGACUGAAGGAUCCAAACACACAACAGACUAUAUGUGGCUGGACUCGCUGGAGGUUACUUUCUCCCAUCAACCUUUGGAACGUUCAUCACUGUAGAACUGAACUGAACAUUACUACCUGAACAUUCACCUCCUCAUUUCCUUAAGCAGAGGCCUCCGACAGACGAGAGCAUGUGUACACUGGGUUCUAAUUUUGUACAUACAGUAUCUGCAAAUAAUCUGAAUGAAAUUAAUCAUAACUGUACAAGCCUCUUCUGACACAUAGAAAGGUGGUUCAUGAUUUGCUUAUCUCUCGAUUCGAUACUAUUACAACACUUGGGUGUCGAUUCGAUAUGUAUUGCGAUUCGAUAUUAUGAUUUUUGUUUUGCUUUUUUAACACUAGACCAUGGGAAAAAACUGAAUCAUACACUUCUAGCGACUGGAUAUCAUGAGUCAUAUUUCUAAAAACAAUGCACAUCACAUGUCAGUCAGUCUUUCUGAGUUUUAUUUCAGCAGCAGCAUCAUUGCUAUCCUGCAUAUAGAAGUGUUAAAUAAAAUACUUAUUGAAGCUGUUCCUGAUCAUCAAGCUAGUGCUAUCUGAGUUCAAGAAUUAAAAUAAAAAUUAACUAUAAAUAAUGUAUUAACAAUAAUAUAUAAUAAUUAAAUAAUAAGAAUUAAUAAAACAUCUAUUCAGGAAUAAAAAAAUAUUAAAUAAUCUUGAAGGUCACCAGUGAGUGCUUUGUGGUCCCCAGUUACCUCAAAUUAUUGUGGAACAAUUUUCAUUUCUGCGAGUUGCCGGGGAUAACUAAUUAAUCCUGACGAUUUGGGUGUCACAGUUUGACAGCUUCCAUAAUGCAGGGCAAGAUGAAUCUAUUUCAGAAAAAGUAUUAUAUUCUGAUCUAACAGAAAGCCAAAAUCCAGUCCCACUAGCCUCUGUUCCAUUAAGAGCAACACACAACAGGGGCAUCUUGAUGUGUCAGCUUGUCAGGAUACAUCCCUGUCCUGUUUCCCAGCAUCGACUUGUGUUCUCGCUCCAGAAAAAGCAGCAAUGUUAUCACAUUCGCUCCUCAGAGAGGUACUUCUCAGCUACUGAUUUUGUCUGCAUGAUGUGUUCGGUGUGUGCUAUAAGCAAGAAAUUAUAUGACGCUCCAGCCAGUGUGUUGCAUUUUAUGUGUGGUUUGUCCAGUCUCUGUAGGUUUCAGGUCAGUCCCAUGCUUAAGACUUAUAGGAGCUGUAAUUCUGCAGUUAAGGCUAACAAAUCUUACCAGCAGGCAGUAGUUAGAUACCCAUUAUGCUUACAUUAUGGGCAGAAAACCUCAAUAUCAUGUUGGCUCAGCUUUUAAAAAAAACCUUUCUGCAAAAACACAUUGUGAAACACAGGCUAGUGGUACACAUGUAGUGUAAUGCUAAUUUCAACUUCUCUCAUUGACCUCCAGCAAAUGAUGCAAAUUAAGGAACUGUAACAUUGUAUUUGGAAACAAGUCUCUGGAACCCGGCAGCCUUCCUGUUCUGUCCUGUUACUAUUUUUGUUAGUUACAUGCAUUUCUCUAUACUGAGCUCAUUUUUUCAAAACUCUUCAUACAGUUCUCUUAAACAAUAUGCAGCUCGGCACAAUUGUUAAUCUCACUUCCAAAAUGCACUAAUGCAACUAAAAAACUUGAUAUUCAACUUUUGUAGCAUACCAUUUAAAACAUUUUUCCAAGAAAUCUUUGUCACUCAGAACGCAAUGACCUAAAAAAAAACACUUAACAAUGUAGCAUUACAACAUGUAUCACUAUUGUCUUCGACAAAGCUUUUAUGUUUUUACAUAAACCAAUUCCAUUACCACAAAAGGAAUGGCACCACCUGCAUGGAUUUUGCUACCUUAUAGUAUAUGUUUCAGAAAUUAAACUGAAAUGUUGCAAUAUGCUUCAGUUGUUUUUUUUACUAAAGUCAUUCCAGUAAUGCAAUACAAAACAAAUGUGUAUAUAUUCAUUAUACAUACAUGUAUAGGGCAGCCACAUAUAUAGAUACACAGAAGUACGCGUCUGUAUCUGGCCUCAUCCAGAUCACACCUUAUGUCUUUCAUAGAGGUCUUCCAGGAAUGAAAUGUAUUUGUAUUUUUAUUUCUUUUUGUUUUGGAUGUUGAUGCCGUAAAUUGCAUUCUAAUUUACAGUAAUGUCUUAUGUAUGUAAUUUUUUUUAUUUUUUACAAAUAGUAUGUAAGUGUGCAAAAUGGACUGUAAAUACACAGAUUUGGUGGUGGUUGAGGGUUUUUUUUGUGAAAUUUCAGAGGUUGAUUUAAUUUAAUGCAUUUUGCGUUAAACUAAAGUUAUCUACAGUUUUGUUGACAUCGACUGCUGAUGUGCUUUUGAAAAAUGAACACAGUAUUGAGAAAUGUGUGUAACCAAUUGUAAAAAAAAAAAAAAAAAAAAACACCUGUCAAUUCUGAGCCUUUAAUGAGGCGUAAGAGAGACAAGCGAUUGAACAGCCAGAAAUCUCAUCGCUUGGUCAACUCAUUGUCCCUCACAACCCAACAGUACACACCACAUUAUUGCUUCUGUGACAAAUCAGGAAUAAAUACAUUUCUUCACAUGAAA